CGCACAUACACUCAUACAUAGGUGGUGCUGUUUUCUGAAGGUGUUGCAUUCUGUUCAAUUCUGUUGCACAUAAGUGGCCAGAGAAGUCCCAGCAUAUGCGUACUUCCUUCUGUUAAUAAUUACACCUCGAAAAUGUUCAAAGACGCGGUUAUAAGAUUGGUUUUUAGUGCCCUUGGUGUUAUCUUUGGGGUUUGUGGAUUCUUCGUGCUAUUCGUUGGCUAUGGGAACCACGAUGUCGGCUUCUGGUCCAUUUUAUCAGGGGCUCUGGCUGCAGUAUGCUUCCAUCUCCAUUGGGUCAAAGCCAAAGAUUCUCUUGAUACAUGGCAUACAACGCUCACUUUGAGGAAUAUUAAUGUUGUGGGAUUUCUUGGGGCUGUAGCUGGUAUAACAGCAGCUAUUUGGUAUUUGUUCUUGACAUUCUACAAUAGAAUACCAACCUGGCCAAUUUCUGAAAGUACAGCCAUAUCUGCUGUAUGGGCUUUAAUGUGUGGUAAAUGGGGAAUAUUUCUUACUUAUUAUUCACAUAAGUAUGAAAUUCUCAUUCGGGAAGGAUCAUCGUCCAUCCUCAUUGAAGGUAAUGCAUGAGGUGAAUCUUAAGACUGUACAGUCGCCAAUUUAACUCAGCUUUGUAAAAGGAACAUUUUUCUUUUAUAUUGCACAAAUUAUUUUAAGCAACCUUGAUGUACUAUUUUUUUAUACACAUAUCUACAUCGAGUGGCACAAUAUAUAACAGUAAUAUUUACAGUCAUUAAAAAAAACCUUAAUAUAUUAUUCAUUAUAUUUUAUAAUUAUUUGAAUCUCAUUAAUCUCACUGUCACAUAAGCAACACUCGAUAUGCAUAUGUGAAUAUAUUUUUUCUAAUAACAAAUAUCUGAAGAAAAUGCGACUUAUCACGUUACUUCUUAAAGUAGUUACGCAAUAGUUUUUGUAUCAAUUUUGUCUAUGAGCCUUAAUUUAAGACAAUGUUAUGAAUCUUUGACGAAUGAGAAUAAACAAGUUUUAAAAGUCA